GCAGCGGCGCGAGCCUCCCGCUCGCUAACGGCUCUGCUCUCUUCGCGGUUCCGCUUCAUCGACCGCCGAGACUUCAACGAUACAACGAAACCUCGACGCCGCGUCAACGGCGCGGUGUUCUCCGGGAGCCGUAACACCGACACCGACAGCACCCCGCAAAGCGCUCUUUUCAUUCUCGUCUCGGGAGGACCCACGGGUGCAACCUCUGUCCCACUUCUGGCCGGUUUUGAUGCUCGGCCCCGUCGUGUCGUUUUGCUUGAGUAUUGGCUGCUCUACGGGAACAAUAUGCAGAUUCAUCGGUGCCGGAGGAGGAGGAGGAGGAGGAGGGCUGGAGGCCGGGCCAGCGGAAUGCUACGUGUCUUGGAAGCCCCUUUAAAACCACCCUCGAUCUUCUUCGAUUACCAACUUUUUUCUAGGUUUACAACGCGUCCUCUCUCGCGGACCCACAACCCCCCCCUCUGCCUCGCAUCCAGGCCCGCGUGUGAAGAGGUUCGAGCCCCGGUGUUCAGCAAAGUCCCUCGGCGGUGUUCAACGGUCGCGCAAAAAAUGUCCGGGGUGAAGAAGCUUCGUACGGAUCUCAACAGGUCGACCAAUGUGGUGUAUCAGGCCCACCAUGUCAGCCGCAGCAAGAGAGGGCAGGUGGUGGGGACCAGGGGAGGCUUCCGGGGCUGUACCAUAUGGCUGACCGGUCUGUCGGGUGCUGGAAAGACGACCAUCAGUUUCGCCCUGGAAGAGUUUCUCGUGUCCCACGCCAUACCCUGCUACUCGCUGGACGGAGACAACAUCCGCCAUGGCCUGAACAAGAACCUGGGCUUCUCUGCCGUGGACCGCGAGGAGAACAUCCGUCGUAUUGCUGAGGUGGCCAAGCUGUUCGCCGACGCCGGGCUGGUGUGCGUCACCAGCUUCAUUUCACCUUUCGGCAAGGACCGCGAUGAGGCGAGGAAGAUCCAUGCAAGUGCCGGGCUACCGUUUUUUGAGGUGUUUAUCCACGCUUCUCUCGCGGUGUGUGAGAAAAGAGACGUGAAAGGACUUUACAAGAAGGCUCGCGCCGGAGAAAUCAAAGGUUUCACUGGGAUUGACUCGGAUUACGAGCGUCCCGAGGCCCCGGAUCUGGUGCUGAAAACUGGAGAGCUCUCAGUAAACGAGUGCCUCCACCAGGUGUUGGAGCUGCUCAAGGAGCAGAACAUUGUACCAGGCGAGAUCAUGGAGGAGGUGAAUGAACUCUUUGUCAUGGAGAACAAGCUCAACCUUGCUGUGGCUGACGCAAAAACCCUUCCCACCAUCAGCAUCACUAAGUUGGAUCUACAGUGGGUGCAGGUCUUGUCAGAAGGCUGGGCGAGCCCUUUGAAGGGCUUCAUGAGGGAGAGAGAGUUCCUGCAGGUCUUACACUUUGGCAACCUGCUAGAUGGCGGGUCCAUCAACCUGUCCGUCCCCAUCGUGCUGCCUGUUAGCAACGAGACCAAGCGGGAGCUGGACGGCUGUGCGGCUGUGGCUCUGGAGUACCAGGGUUCACGCGUGGCCAUUCUCAGGAACCCUGAGUUCUACCAACAUCGCAAGGAGGAACGCUGUGCCCGACAGUGGGGCACCACAUGUCCACAGCACCCUUACAUCAAGAUGGUUAUGGAGGGAGGUGACUGGCUGGUAGGUGGUGACCUAGAGGUGCUGGAAAGAAUCCAGUGGAACGAUGGACUUGACCAGUACCGCCUCACUCCACAGGAGCUCAAGCAGAAGUUCAAAGACUUGAAAGCAGAUGCAGUGUUUGCAUUCCAGCUACGUAACCCGGUCCACAACGGUCACGCCCUACUGAUGCAGGACACCAAGCGCCGUCUGCUGGAGCGGGGCUACAAGAAUCCCGUCCUCCUGCUGCACCCACUGGGCGGCUGGACAAAAGACGACGACGUGCCUCUGGACUGGCGGAUGAAGCAGCACGCCGCGGUCCUGGAAGAGGGCGUCCUGGAACCUGCCAGCACCAUUGUUGCCAUCUUCCCCUCGCCCAUGAUGUACGCUGGACCCACAGAGGUUCAGUGGCACUGCAGAGCCAGGAUGAUCGCCGGGGCAAACUUCUACAUCGUUGGCAGGGACCCCGCAGGCAUGCCUCACCCGGAGACUAAGCAGGACCUGUAUGAGCCCACCCACGGAGCCAAGGUCCUCACCAUGGCGCCGGGCCUUACCUCUGUGGAGAUCAUCCCCUUCAGGGUUGCAGCCUACAACAAGAUUAAGAAGGCCAUGGACUUCUAUGAAGCAGAGCGACAUGCUGAGUUUGAGUUUAUUUCCGGAACCAAGAUGAGGAACAUGGCUCGGAGUGGAGAAAACCCUCCAGAUGGUUUCAUGGCCCCCAAGGCCUGGAAGGUUUUGGUGGAGUACUACACCUCUCUGCAGAAGGACAAGUAGCCAACACAGCGCUGAGCUGACCAGGGAAAACCAUCGGUUCUUAAAGGAGGGUAAAAAGACAACCAUCUCUAUAGGGGUAUUUAGAUAGAUUUGUGUUUUAUUCUAUCCAAAAAUAUGUAGAUAAAACGUUUAGAUUGUUAUAAAUAAUCAAUAAUUGCUAUAAAUAAUCAGUCUCUGUUUCUUCACUAUAUCGAAAUCACUGGUAUUAAGAAGGUAAAGCAUUACAUUUUUAUAUUCCCGUAAAACAUAUAAACCAUUGUAAGUGCAUAUUAAUUUAAGUAUUUGAUCAAAUUAAAGGUAUAUUGAGAUUAUUAUUGUUUAUAGUCAUUUAGGAGCACAUGCCAAUACUGGAAAAUUGUGAUAUUUAUAUGUAGUAGCUUUGGCAUGUAGGGCAAAACAAGAACCCUUUUUAUACAUUUUUUAUGCAAAUUAUAUCACUGUCUUUUGAAUUGUGUAUGAACUGAAUGAAAGUUACCUGCAGUUGUAUCACUACCUACGGUUCCCUUUUUUGUUUUAGCCUAGACGUUAACUUAUCCUGCUAAUAGUUUCAUAUUUUUAUGAAAGGUUUUUGACUAAUGUGAAAGUGCAUUUAUCUCAAAUGUUAAAACUAUAUAACAGAAAUUGGUUCAAUUUCUCAUUGGCCUUUACCCUGAAAUGUCUAUUUGACUUGUGUGAUUUCAUAAAUUGCAAUUAUGUAAUAAAUACCCACAGUUUUGGGGACUUAUCCAAUAAUAAAGAAGCUCCUUUGUUAUUAUAACGGGGGACUGUUUGAUCCUG